AGUUGGUUUAAAGUGGUGGGUCGCUGCCUUAAACCAAAAAAAGAAUAAAUAACAACUGGAUGAACCCAAACUUCCUUCAACUCAAACUAUGGUGAUUGUUUUCGGCAACACAGAAAAAGGGGGAUGGCUUUUAGUAGACACUUGGAGUCAACUUUUCCAAGGUCUCACUUAAACAAAAGCAAUAUUUUCAUACUUUGCAUUCAUUUUCAUGUAAUUACGGCAUUGUCUGGCGUUGUGCGCUCUCCCUCGCCAGGUCAAGUGACUCUCACACGUGCAUGGCUCGCCGAAUAAAUAAACAAAUACUUAACUUUGCUCGGCAUUCAUUCACUGAAAAACACCAAUUUAAAGCUGCGUUGACGCCGGCAGCAGUCGGCCGCCCGUCACGGUUCUGUUUCGCCUUUGCCGCGUUGCUCCGCCUACUCCCGCUCUUCCACUUCCUCCUUCUCUGCUCUCCUGCAGUGCUGCUGGAGUGUGGCAGGAGGCGGGGCCAAAAUCAGAGGCGGAGACUCCCUCCCGCACCUGCGCCACUCAGCUUGAAUAGGUGACAGCUUAUUUAAGCAGCUUCUCCCAUCGUUCUAUCCCGGAUGAUCCUUGAUGUUCACACUGGUGUCUCGCCACGUUGAUGUUUUUUCCCUCCUGCCGCGUGUUCCAGUCUCAAGAGUCGCCUGGUGAUCCAGUUUAUCUUGUUGUCACGAGUAUGUCCCUGAAGGAGAUCAUUUGUAUGUCCGCUUGAUUGAAAAAUACAACUAGCACCUGGGCAAUGAAUGCAGGAGGUCAAGCAUUUAUCACCAGCUACAGACCAGAAGAUUUGGACAAACUGACAACGCAACUGAAGAAUGGCCUGUACAGAUCAAACUACAAGCCGACGGAAUAUGCCAAAGUGCAAGCCAUGGUUGACGCCAAACGGCUGGAGACUGCUGCGAUUGGAAAAAAGGUUCGGAGGACCCGAUGUGUAGCCAAGGAAAUAAAGGAGGGCGACAUAUUACGGCAGCACAGGCAGGUGUGGAGCAGAGAGUGCCCUCGGCUGCAAAAAGCAGAGGUGAAGGCCGAGAGUGAACUGAGCGACUUCAUCGAGAACAUCAGGCCACUCAGCAUAGAAGACACCGCCAUCUUCUCUCUCAAAGAUUACGAAGUGUUCCUCGAGAGGGACCGCAAGGCAUUCGUCAUGGGCACCGUGGCGCCGGUUCAUCAACUGAAGGAGGACUUGUGCUUCAGGUUGGAGCAGGAACAAGAUCAGGAAAUCAGCAGCCCUCACUCAAACCGGGAACAAGUGCAACAUCAGGUUAAUUUUGUGAAAGACCAGCAAGAUAUCAUCACGGCCAAACUUCAAGAAGAAUACCGUGACCUACAAGAAGAAAUUACAGACCUCGCUUUGGAGAAAUAUCUUCCAACCUUGGAUAUCUUGGUGGGAGACAACAUUCCCGCAGAAGUUUUGGACUCGGACUGCCCUUACCCGGAACUGAAGGAGUCACUGAUCCAGGCCUUCCACUCAUUGUCAGACAUCAACCACACUCGCCUGCAAUGUCUUCAAGAUCACCUGAAAAGAACAGACAAAUACUGCGGCUGGUGUCCAGAUGACCACUUCCGCUUCCAUUUCACCUUGUCGCAGUACACGCAAGACGUACCCAACUACCGGGCACUGUGCUUGCAUAUGCUUCAAAGGGUCUUCCCGGAGAAAGUCAAACACGACCUGAUGGAGCACGAGCGUGCGUUGGCCAGGCAGCGCUUCACACAGACUCAGAUAAAAGUCCUGACCCAGCAGUGGCAGCAGGACCAGGAAGAGCUCCUGGCGAAAGCCUUGGCCGUCCUGCAGGAGGCCAGGGACGCCUACCAGGAGGAGUUGGAGCUCCAAAGGGACCGCCAGCAUCAGCAGGACAUCUGCUUCCGCCUCAGGGAAAAACUGCAGCAGUGGCGGGCUCAUCAGGAGGAGGUGGCCGAGCUGCAGGCGGCCAUCGCUGCCAGACAGCAGGAGGAGGCCGAGGCCAUUUUGAAGAGGGAGCAGGAGAAAGAGGCCGCCCUACGGGCACAUCAGAAGGAAAAGCUGCGGAAAUUUCAUUUGGAGCAGCAGAGGAGGAGGGAGGAGUUGGAGCAAAGGGAUCAGGAGAGGCUGGCGAAACUGAGGAGUGCCAUGGAUGAGCAGGCCCGGCAAGAUAAAGAGAGAGUCCGCUUCCGGGCUGAGAUGUUGCAGCGGCGCCAGGAGGCGAGGGAGGCGUGCGAGUUGGAGCGUCAGAGGGAGGAAGCGGAGAGGCACAACCGUUUGGAAGCGCUCCGGAACCAGGUUGCAGUGGUGGCAGAGUCGGACGCAGAAAGGAUGAUGGGAUGCACUCAGUCUUGGCGAAAUCGAAACUUGACCGUCCGAGAAUUCGAUAUCCAGAGGCCUCUCUUUGGACUUCAUACGUACACGGAUGCCCAGAUCGUCGCCGAUCCCAGAUUGCGGGUCGAGCAGGCCCUGAGGGAGGCCGGCUUGCACCACACGCAGUACGCCCAAGAGGUCCUGGCCCAUAUUAAGCCUCCCAAACCACCACGACGAGACACCAAAUCCGAACUCCAGUUUUAAGUGAGCAAGUGAGAACGAGUCUGCAAUUUAUCUCCCAAGUGAUUCAUUCCAUGGCCAAAUUUCACAUUUGGCAGUUAAAUUCAAUUUGUGAAAUGUUGAUAUUAUGAAUGGAAAUGACACACAAACACACACAAAAAAAAAAAAAAAUUGUAGAAAGUUCCGAUCGAUACUUGAAUGAAAUAUUCAUGUCCACUUUGGACGUAACACAAUCUUUGAAUUCAAGCUGUUUAAACCACACCCAGUUGGGGUUUACUGUCAAACAAAACACAAUUAAAUGAAUCAGAGUGUUUUUAUUUCAAAACAACCACACAAAAUUGCCAUCAACCAAAACACACAACAGUGAUACGAUACUAUAAGCAUGUGGAAAAAAAAAGUAAGUUGUAUCCCGGUCACAUGCACAAUAUGCAAACCACACCGUUUGAGAUACAUUUACUCUCUCCAACCAAAUAAUCCAAGAUUCUUUUUUUUUUUUUUCCAAACAAC